GUUUGCAACUUAAAUGUUUAAAAAUUAGUAUUGUUAUACAACUAUUUUUUUUAUUUAAAAAAAAAAAAUUAACUUUUGAUUCUUCUAUUUACAACAGGUUCUAACACUUGAUAUUUGACAUCAAAUAACAGACGGAAACAAAUGGAUAAUCUAAAUAACAUUAAAAAAAGAAACAAAGAUACUUUGAAUGACAAUGAGUCAGUGGAUGUUAUUGAUGCGCCUCCAAAGAUGCCUAAAAUGCAUGAGGAUGGGGCUUCCAUUUCAAAACAAAAAAAUUUGAUUCAAAUCAACGAAAGUUGUUCAAGUACCCAAAUCAGUUCGGAAAAUAUAAUAAGGGAACAAGAGACAGUUUCAGUCAGGAAUGACGAGGAAGGUAUAGAAUUUUCGCACAUAAGAUAUUUUCCUAAAAAGCCAACAAUAGAUUUAUCGAAGGUUGAUUUCAAGUUAAACUCUGAUAACUUUUAUGAUACUAACACUUUUCCAAGAGGAACUUUAACAAUAAUAAAUGUAAAAAACUUUAUGAAAUCUUCUGGUCGGCAUGAUGACCCUAGAUUAGGUACAGAUGUUGAUGCACAGAGUUUAUGUGAUCUUUUUCUAAAAUUAGGUUUUAAAAUAGAUAGGUUAGAUAAUCCCAAGUCAACUGAUGUAUUAAACAUACUGCAGCAGGCAGCAAAUGAAGAUUAUUCUUCAAUGAGUUGUUGUGUGGUGGCAUUACUAUCACAUGGAGAAAAGGGUAAAAUUAUUUGCACAAACGAAUCUUUAAAUAUAAGGGAAAUAACAAAUCUAUUCUGCACUAAUGCUUUAGCCGGAAAACCAAAAUUAUUUUUAAUUCAAGCAUGUCGAGGAACAAAAUACAUGGAAUCAAUAGACACGGUUGAUGGUUUCGGACCUGGAUUGUCAAAUGAAUCAAAUGUCCUAGAUGUAACUGUUGAAAGCGAUUUUUUGUACGCUUAUUCAACAGUUCAAAGUUAUUAUAGCUGGAGAAAUCAAAAAUCUGGUUCGUGGUUCAUUAAUGCUGUUGUUUCUGUCUUUCGUGAUUAUGCCCAUAAAAUGGACGUUUUACGACUUUUAACACGCGUAAACAAAGAAGUAAGCAAAGAAACGUCGAAAACCAAUAAUCUAACGAAAGAUAAUAAAAAACAAAUCGGUUCACUAAUCUCUCUAUUGCGAAAAGAGUUAUUUUUCUUUCCAUAUGAUGAACCUAUGGAAUCCGUAUAAGAUAGAUAUUUUAAAAAAUAUUUAAAUCAACGUCUUGUUUUUCAUAUUUUGUAGAAAACUGAAAUUUAUGACUGAAUUUCAAA